AGAGUACAGACUACAGUUGAGACUUUUUUUUUUUUUUUUAUAUUCUCAAGACCACAGUGUUCCACAAAGUGUAUUUUUUUUCUUUUUUUUUUUUUUUUUGGCAAUAGAUAGACUUAAGACAUUUACAAUACGUCAAAGAAUUGUUAAAAAAAAAAAGAAAGGUAUCAACUUUAAAGUUAACAACAAAUAAUAAUUUUGGUAGAAUAUUUUGCAAUGUUUCCCUGACCUUCUUUAAAAUAAUCAUAAAAUAAAAAUUCCAUAAUACUUUUGCUUUCACCACGUCCAACGACAAUAGAAAUUUCUGUGGAUAUUAAUAAAAACUGAUUUGUUGUACUCGAAAUGGCAGUUGAGCCUGGUCUAUCAGCCGACGAUGACAACCCAAAAAAAAAAUUUGUCAGAUAUUUAUUUAUUGGAAAAGAAUACUCAGUUUAUUAUGCUGGUACUUGGUCACAUCGAAAUCAUUUUACAGUUGAUAAAAUUUCAUCAGUUAAAGAACUUGCUGCUAAUAAAGAAACUGAAUUAUAUCCAAUUGAACAAAUAAAAAUAGCAUUUAAUUCAAAAUUAAUUCAAAGACCAGAAACUUUAAUAUUUGCUCUUGCUGCAUGUGCACGUCAACAAAAAUCUGAAAAACUUCGUCAAUCAGCUUAUCAACUUAUCAAUGAAUUAUGCAAAGAUACAAAAGAUUUUUUAUUAUUUAUAAGUUAUGCUUCUGAAUUAAGUAAACAACAAUCAAUUCCACGUAAUGGUUUUGGUCAUGGUUGGCGUAAUGCAAUAAACAAAUGGUACACAUCUAAAAAUGCAUUAAAUUUAGCUGAAUGUGUUACAAAAUAUAAAAGCAGACAUGGCUGGACCCACAAAGAUAUUAUUAAACUUUCUCAUCCAAUAAUUCGUACACUUGAGCCAGAACUUCAAGUUGUAUUUAAUUAUAUUAUGCAUGGUUUAUCUAAAACUAAAAAAACAUUUAUCAAUGAAACAAAAAUAAAAGAUAUUAUUGAUUAUAUUGAAGAAGUUGAAGAUUUUCGUCAAUGUGAAGAUUCAAUAAGAGUUGCUGGUUUAAUAAGAACAUCACAAUUAACACUUGAUCAUGUUAAUUCAAAAUUAAUGAAAUCAUCAGAUGUAUGGGAGGCACUUAUUGAUACAAUGACAAUAUCAUCAAUACUUGAAAAUUUACAAAAAAUGCAUAAUCUUGGUAUACUGUUACCAGAAUCACAAGUUACAGAAAAAUUAAUAUGUGCAUUAACAAGUAAAGAUCGUAUUGUUAAAUCAAAAUUACAACCAUCAAAUUUUUUUAUGACUCUUAAAAAUUAUGAAGAUCCAGAUAGAGUACCAAUUUGUCUUAAACGACGUAUUGCUCGAAAACAUAAAUUACGUAAUCGUAUGUUACCAUGUCCUGAUCGUCGUAUUAUUGAAGCUCUUUAUUCAGCAUUAAAUACGUCAUUUACAAAUGUUGAACCAACUGGUUUAAGAUAUCUUAUAACAGUAAGUAUUGAUAAUUGGAAAAAAAAAAUAAAUUCAGAAUCUACACAGAAUGUACAAUUAACAGAUAUUAAUAAACCAUGGGUCAUUGAAGCUGCUUGUAUUAUUGCACUUAGUCUUAUACGUGCUGAUGAUAAAAUAACAAUAUCAUCAUUUACAACAUCUGAUGGAUUAAAUGCAAGACCAAUUAUUAUUGAAAAAAAUUUAAAUUUUCAUGAAGCUAUUGAUAUUAUGAAAUCAAGAUCAACAACACCACCAAAUCUUGGUAAACCAAUACUUUGGGCUGCACAUCAUAGAAGAAAAUAUGAUGUAUUUAUUAAUGUUAUUGAUAAAAUGAGAGAAAAAUUUGAUUAUACAUCACGUGCCAUGGAUCUUUAUAAAAAAAAAAUGAAUUUACCAAAUACAAGAUUGGUCAAUUGGGUUGUUGGCUCAACAACGAGCUUUAUGGAAGAAAAAUGUAUCAAUGAUGUGUUGACAAUUUGUGGCUUUGACAUGCAUGUGCCUAGAGUCAUUGAGGCCUUUGCUAAACGACAGUUUUAAAUUCAACUUGUAAAAGUAAAAAUGGAAUGACUCUCUUUCUCUCUUUUUAAUCAUAAAUUUUAACUAAUAUCCAUUGGUAAUGGUAAGAAAUUAAUAUUCCAAAAUUCUUUAUAAUUUUUUUUUAUUACAAUUUACAACGUACUAAGAAUGAGUUUAGAGUCAAAUAAAUAACAAUUGAAUAUUUAAUUUUAAAUCAAUAUAUUCUGUUAAUUUUUAUUUUCAUAUAUAAAAUAAAAAUUAAACAAUGACCUAUUCAUUACACAUUCUUGAUAAUUAUUCUAUAUAUAUUAAAAUAUAUAUAACUAACUUUAGGAUAAUAUCUACUGCAUGCUCUUUUAUAGCUUUAGAAAUAAUAAAAAAAAAAAAAGCUGCGCAAAUAUUAUUUUAAAGAAUUCAGAAACAAUUAUCUUGAAUGUUUAAUGAUAUUUUUAAAAAUAAAACAGACACGAAUUACUACUUCUGCGAUUUUUAAUUUAUACUUUUUAUCUAGACAAAAAAAAAAAAUUCAUAAAUAAUAAAAUUAAAAUGCGCAGCAAAAGUAGGUAUAUUUUUUAGAAUUAAUUUACGUUGAUAAAUUUCACUUCAACGAAAACAAAAAAAAAAUCUAUUAAUUCAAAAAUAUAAAUUACUCAUGUUACCGUACUAAAUUGACUAAAGAAAACGAAUAAAAAAAAAAUAGCUAAAUAAAUUUUUUUAGUAUAGAUUAAACAAAAAAAAACAAAAAAAA